AUGGAGGCCAGCGUAACACCAGCAUGGAAGGCACAAGCGCGUACACACGCGACCGCCAUUUCUACCGCUUCCACCGCCAACUCCUCCCUCGCGGCUUCAGCUUACGUGUCGUCCGCCGUGCCGAAGGCGCAGCACCACCACAGCCAACGACGCGGCGCCGGCUUUCUCUGCCCGCGCUCGCGGAUCGUUUACAUGCGCGCACCGUUCACGCGGCCACACAGGCGGCACGUUCCUAGCGUGCUCGUACCGUCGCGGUCGGGGAGGCGCGGCCGCGGAGACGGCCUUAAAUGCGAUGUGUUAGUGCCUGGGUGUCCUUCUCCCGGCGAGCUGAGUGAAGGGGAGGGGGAGAAUUCGCGCGGACCGGACGGGCUCCGGUGGAGGCGCGGGCAGAGGGGCUCGGCGCGCAGCGAGAAUUUGGCGGUGGAGCAGCAGGCGGAAGAAAAACCCGAUAAUUGGGACUUUGUUGGGUCAAGUGGCGAUUCUUCGGGUUCUGGAGACGAGGGUUCGAAUCCUCAUGAGUUCACAUUUUCGGCGGAGAACAGUGUGAUGGUGGACCAAGUGCGAAUGCUACAGCACAUCCACUCCUGCGCGCACGCGGAAGAGGAUCUUGCGGGAGGGGAUGCAAGGGGGAUAAUGCGCGCGACCGCCGGGGGGAUGAAGCCGCGCGUGCUGAAAGCAAGCACGCCGAUUCGUGAUAUUUAUAAGUCGGAAGGUCCUAUCGACGAGGAUGUGGUGUGCAUGCAGGCUGACUGGCCGCUGACGUGGACGCACAUCACGCUCGCGACUGGCGUAUCGGUGGGCUCCGGAAUUGCCGGGCCCGAGGACGUCACGAUGCUCACUCAGGCGACAACUUGCACCGCCAUUCUAUGCUUGCAGGGCGAGGAGUCCUUGGAGUCGUUCGGAGUUAACUGGAAGGCCGUUCAGGAGCAGGCGGAGCAGUGCGACGUCGCCAUGUUCCGCGUUCCCGUGCCGGAAUUCGACCAGCAGAAACAGGUUGCUGGUAUGGUGGAGGCGGUGCGUCUCCUGGCGUCGCUGCUGGUGACAGGUCACAGGGUCCACGUGGCAUGCGCUACAGGGAAGAACUGCAGCCCGCUGGUCGUGCUCGGCUACCUGACGUUCUUCCAGGGCCUCGCGUGGAGCGAAGCCAAGGCCAUGAUCGUUGACAGCGUGCCGUCCGCCGACCCGUCGCACGAGGCGUGGGAGCAGCUCGUGCUGUCAGCAGCGGACGGGGUGGGCCCGCACAAAAGGUCGGGACAGGAUGACGGAGCUGGCAGAGGAGCAGUACCAGCGCCGCAUAUAGCUGGGCGCGCCUUCCCCUUUAGUACUCCUUGCCCGGCUGGUGCUCUCAGCAGCGGACGGGGUGGGCGCGCACAGGAUGACAGAGCUAGCAGAGGAGCAGUACCAGCGCCGCAUAGAGCAGGGCGCGGGCGAUACACCAUGCCUCAUCCUCUCACCCCAUCCACCCAUUCCCCCAUUUCCCCCCUCUCCUCCCCGCUCCCCUAUUCCCUGCCUCGCCCAGGCUCGUCUGGUGCUGUCAGCAGCGGACGUGGUGGGCGCACACAGGAUGACAGAACUAGCAGAGGAGAAGUACCAGCGGCGCAUAGAGCAGGGCGCACCUUCCCCUUAAGCACUCUUCCCGCCUACUUCCCCUGUCUCCCCUCCCCCAUUCCCUGCCUGCCUCUCCCAGGCCCGGCUGGUGCUGUCAGCAGCGGACGGGGUGGGCGCACACAGGAUGACAGAGCUAGCAGAGGAGCAUUACCAGCGGCGCAUAGAGCAGGGCGCGGGGGAUACACCAUGCUUCAACCCCCUACCCCUUCCCUCUCUCCCCCUCCUUCCUCCGGUAUCACCCAGGCUCGUCUGGUGCUGUCAGCAGCAGACGGGGUGGGCGCGCACCGAAUGACGGAGCUAGCAGAGGAGCAGUACCAGCGGCGCAUCGAGCAGGGCGCGGGCGCGGAGGGCGGGGGGCAGACGGCAAGGGACGACUGGGAGGAGGCGCAGAGGCGACUCAUCACAGAGACUCUCCAGCACAGGGUGUCCGCUGACGUCACCAUCUCGCAGUCGCUCUCCAAGGCGGCAUCUCGCCAGGCGUCAUCCCCCAAGCCACGGGAGGUGCAGCCGAGGGAGGCGCAGAGCUUCUCUCCUGUGGUGGACUCGCAGAUGGCGCCUCCACUGGAAACGCCCUUCCAGGUACCUCCUACCUCUCUGCAGCACAGGGUGUAUGCUGAUGUGGCCAUCUCCCAGUCGCUCCCCAAGGCAGCAUCUCGCCAGGCGUCUUCCCCCAAGCCACGGGAGGUGCAGCCGAGGGAGGCGCAGAGUUUCUCUCCUGUGGUGGACUCGCAGAUAGCGCCUCCCCUGGAUACGCCCUUCCAGCAGCAGCCGCACAUCCUUGAUUCCGUCUACUCCUUUGUCAACGACCACCACUCUCACGCAUGGCCCCUCGCUGCCCCGCCUCCCGCUGACGCGCCUCCUGCUAUUGAGGAGGGUGUACUAGGGGAGGGUGUUCUGGACGGGGAGGGUGUUGUGGGGGAGGUGUCAUCUGGAGUGGAGGAGCGCAUUGCACUGCUGGAGCAGAAGCACCUGGCGGCCAUGGCUGCUGCUCGGUCUGCCACAGAACAGGUGCGAUUCUUCAUGCAGCACGUGAGCGAGCUGAGGGAGAGCGAGACUGCAGCGCGCAUGGAGGCAGCAGCAGCACACGAGCGCAUAGCCCUGCUCACCGCCCAGGUCGAAGCCCUCAACCUCUUCCAGCAGCAGCAACAGCAGCAGCAGGAGGAAGAAAGGCAGCAGCGUGAGAAGGAGCAGCAGGAGCAGAGGGAACAGCAGGAGUUGCAGGCUGCUGCGUUCCUGGGAGUAGAUUCUGCAGCUGCUGCUGCUGCAGCGGCGGCGUCGGCAGAAGCAACGGCGGCAGCAAUGGCUGCAGCAGCAGCCGAGGCCGAAGCAGCCGCAGCAGCAGCAGCGGAGCGAGAAUCGGCACUCCAUUCCCAGCUCACGGAAGUUUCCCAGGAGCUUUCCCUCCUUCAGGAGCGAGAGAGGGAGCUUUUAUCGGCCCACGAAGCAGCAGAGGCGAAAGCACAGGCAGCAGAGGAGCGGGCGGCUGACUUAGCUAACAGAAUCGCGCAGAUGGAAGAAAUGGAAGCAGCAGCAAAGGAAGCAGCGGCGGUGGCUUUGGAGCGAAUGCAAGCACUGGCCGAACAGGUGAAGGAACUUUCUGAGAAGGAGCGCGCGGCCUCCGCACGGAUGGGCGAGAUGGAGACGCGGCUGGAGGAAGCUUCCGAGAAAGCGGCGGCGGAUCACGACCUGAUGGUGAAACUGGAAGACCGGGCAGAACGGGCAGAAAAAGAAGCGAGGAAGGCCCAGGAGGCGCUGGGAGCGGCCAAUGAGCGAGUGAAAUUUUUCUUCCGGGUGAUGAGAGGGCUCCGGGAUAGGGAGAGGGCAGCGAAAGAAGCUAUGCACGCUGCGACAGACCGGCUUGAAGCUGCUGUGACUGAAGCGGAGAACCUCCGGAGGAAGGACGAGUUGAUGCGGGAGGCGUGGGCGGUGGCGAGUGAAAGGAUUGAGCUGCUGACGCGGCAGGUGCAGCAAGUGGAGGGGUUGAAAAUGGAGGUGAAGCGAGAGGCUGUGGAUGCGGCGAAAGUGUUUUUGCAUGAGAGUGACGAGCACAGGCUUAUGGCUGCUAGGGAGGAGUUGAGUGCGGCGGAGGAGAGAGAGAGGAUGCUGCAGGCGCAGUUGGAGAGGCUGGGUGCUGAGCUGGCAGCGGCAAGAGAUGACAUGGCGGAAAGGGAUGCCAGGCUGGCGGCGGUGGCUGCUGAGGUGGCGGAGAGGGAGCGGGUGGUGGAGGAGAGCCGGGCGGCGAUUGGGGCGGCGGAGAAGAGGAUUAAGGAGCUGGAGGAGCAGGUGGGGGUGGUGGAGGAGAGGGAGCGGAAAGCCAAGAGGGAGGCUGAGGAGGCAGAGGCGGUACUAGCUGCUGCUCUGGCUGCUGCCGAGACGAAAGACCGAGAGUAUACCCUCAUGGAGACGCCUCAGAAGACUGCUGCAGCUGCAGCAGCUGGAGCUGUUUCCGCUGUUGCUGCUGCUGCUGGUGCCAGCAGUGCUGCCGGUGCAGCAGCGAGCGGUGCAGCAGAUCAGCUGAUAGCCCGCCUGCAGUCGCAAGUGGCUGCCAUGUCCAGUGAGCUUGAAGGGGCCCGCAACGCCGCUGCUGCUGCGAGCGAACGGAGUGCGUUCCUCAUGCGGCAGGUGGCUCGGCUGAAGGGGACUGCUGCUGCUGACGCUGUGUCUCGGUCCCAGGGGGGUUCAGGAGGAGGGAAAGGGGAAGGGUCGAGCUCGAAACACAGAGUGGCGGCUUUAGAGGUGGAGAUUCGAGCGUUGGAGAAGCGCGAACGGGCAGCGCGGGCAGAAGCGGAGGCGGAAAAGGCCCGGGUGCGGGAGCUUGCGGCGCAGGUCGGGCAGCUGGAAAGCAAGGAGCGUGCAGCCCGGGAGAAACUUCAGUCGUCGCAGGACCGGGUGGGGUUCUUCCUGCGUCAGGCUGUGGAGCUGAGGGAGAGGGAGGGCGCGAGUAAGAGCGCGCUAAAAGAGACUUUUAAGAAAGUGGAGGGGUUGUCGCACCAGGUGGGGCUGCUGCAGGGGGAGUUGGUGCGGGCGAGCAAGGAGUCCGGCAAGUCUACAGAUGCUGUGGAGAGGCUGCAGCUGCUAACAAUGGAGCUGAAAGAAAAGAUCCACGAGACGUCUCGAGUGGCCAGCAGCAUCAAGAAGGUCCCUGGCUCGUCAAAAGUCAAUGGAUUCGAACGAUCGGGGGCAGGGCUUGGGGUGCUCAAGGCUCCUGAGCUCACUGCUUCAAAUGCUGCUGCUGCUGCUAGCAAUGCCUCUAGUAACGGAGCUGCUAGUGCUGCUGCUUCGAAAGGCGUGAUAACAGGAAAGGGGAAGGAGGAGAAGAAGGAUGAUGACAAUGAUGACUUCCCUGGAGGGUCAGGCAGUGGGGGAGGAGGGGUAGGGGGACGAGGAGUGUCAGCUCAAGGGAAGGCAAGCAGCAGUGGCUCUCGGGCAGGCUCUCCCUCCUUUGGUGCUCUGGUGGGUCCCUCUUACUAA